AUGAUAAAUUACUAAUUUAGAUUUGAAGUUGAAGAUAAGAAAUAAUUAGAAUAAUAAUAUUAUCGAAAAAUGAAAGAAAUAGACCCUGCCUAUGGGUUUUUUUAAUAAUAGAAAUAACUAAAAUAACAUUUAAAAUCUACUUAACAAAAUAAUCGUUUUGAACUUAGAGAUAAUGGAUAAUAGAGUUUAAAGAAAAAAAUUAGAAAGAAUAUUAAAGUGAAAAAAUCAGUUCCUUAAGUAAACAUGCAUCUUAAAGGGUUGCUUGAGUAGUUUAUAAAUGAAUCGAUGUAAUAAGCAAACAAAGGUUUUGUGUUUAGACAAUUAUAAAAUUGUUAAGAAAUAAAAUCAACAAUAGAUAAAAUGGAAAGGAUAUUAAUUGGAAUGAAAUCGUUGCUCUUGUCUUAAAUGAUAAAUUGUUAGUGUUAAGAUUGA